GUCUACGAGGAGCGGAUCGGGCACAAAGUCUCGCCAUGACCCUCCGAGGGCUGCUGCUGCCGCCGCCGCUGCUGCUGCUGCUGCUAACCCUGCAGCUCGCUGCCCGCGCAGGAGGCGCCUUGGCCCGGUGCCCAGGCUGCGGGCAAGGGGCGCAGGCGGGCUGCCCCGGGGGCUGCGUGGAGGAGGAGGACGCGGGGCUGCCCGCGGACGAAGCCUGCACGAAAGCGGAGGGCUGCUUCCGGAGGGAGGGAGAACAGUGCGGGGUCUACACCGCCUCCUGCGCCCCGGGACUGCAGUGCCAGCCGCCCGCGGGGGACAAGGAGCCUCUGCGCGCGCUGCUGGCCGGGCGCGGCAGCUGUCGCCGGGCGCGCGCACCCUCGGGGAAGAACCCUAAGGAGAGUAGACCCCAAGCAGGGGCCACUCGCCCACAGGAUGUGAACCACAGAGACCACGAGAGGAACCCGGGGACCUUUACCACUUCGGCUCAGCCUGGGGGUGUCCAAGACACAGAGAUGGGUCCCUGCCGUAGACAUCUGGAAUCAGUGCUGCAGCAACUCCAGACAGAGGUCUUCCGUGGUGCUCACACCCUCUACGUGCCCAAUUGUGACCACCUAGGCUUCUACCGGAAGCGGCAGUGCCGCUCCUCCCAGGGCCAGCGCAGGGGCCCCUGCUGGUGUGUGGAUCGGAUGGGCCAGCCCCUACCAAGGGCACAGGGCAACAACGGAAGCGCCCCGUGUCCCACAGGGAGCAGUGGCUGAGGCAGGAUGUCGGGCUGCAGGGCCGCCAGCAGAAGCAUGGACGGGUGCAGCUUGGGUUAUUUAUUGAAUGAUGAAUAAAUAACUCAGGGCCCCUGGGUCCCACAUGCCGCCUACAGGCCCUGUCCCACUGUCCCUGUCACCCUGGGGCCUCACACAGUCCUCUAACAGAGAGAUUGUUGGCUCAGGCUCGGGUGCUAAUAAAGCUGUGUUGGGAGUCUGA